AAAGAAAGAGAGAAAGCGAGAAAGAGAGAGAGAAAGAGAAAGAGAGUGAAAAAAGUGAAAAGAGAAGGGGAAGAAAAAGAAAGAGAGAAAAAUAGAGAAAGAAAAGAGAAGAAAAAGGAGAAGAGAAAGAAAAAAGGGAGAAGAAAAAAAGAAAAAGAAAAAGAAAAAAAAAAGGAAAGAAAGGGGAAGAGAGAGGAAAAGAAAGGGAAGAAAGAGGAAGAGGGGGAAGAGAGGAAAGAGAGUUUGUAA